AUGAAUCAAGAUAUGGAUCCAUGCACAGACUUUUACGAAUUUGCUUGCGGUGGCUACGAGCGGAAAACUAUGCUUCCAACCGGAUAUCCUAAAUGGAAUUAUGCUAUGCAAAUUUCUGACUCAAUUUAUUUGACCAUAAAAGAUUUAUUAGAAAAUCCACAUACAAAAUACGAAGGAAUGGCAGAAAGACAAGCUAAGAUCUAUUAUGAUUCUUGUUUAGAUAAGACCAACGUUAGAAAAAAAUUGCAAGGAAUGCCUUUAAAGAAACUAUUAGAUUUAUAUGGAGGUUGGGACUUGUUAAACGUGUAUAAAAAGUCUUCCGCUUUCAUAAAUGCUUCUUCCACACUGAAAAAAAGUAAUCCCUUUCUUUUAAAAAAAAUAGUCAGAUACCCUGAAAAAGGUUUUCCUGACAAGUUCAAUUCUGUGUUCUUUAGUCUAGAUAUUCAUCUCGAUCCUAAAAAUUCUUCCAAGAACUUACUCUUCAUCUUUCCAGGAGAACUAACCUUCCCACACAAGGAUUACUACGACGACAAUGAUCUUUAUAAUAGUUCUUUGAUGUACAUGGCAAAGAUUGGAAAUUUGUUAUUAAAGAAUCGAACUGUUUCUAAGUAUUUGGAAAUGCUAGACGAGAAUAUUAAAUUCAAUCAGCAUGCCAUUAAUAAAAGUGAUCUUAAUAGGACCCAAAAAGAGAAGAAGAAACAGAUGUGGAGUCAACUCAGAAACGUUAUGUCAAAUAUAUUAGAUUUAGAGAAGCUUAUAGCGAAUAUUACUCCAUUAAAUAUGGAGGAUACGAAAUACCAGUCGUUGCAAGAGUUGGAUAAAAAUUUUGAUUUCAUGAAUUGGACAAGUUUUAUAAAUCAAAUUUUCAAACCCCUCAACAUCUCCAUAGCUGCCGAUCAUCCUUUUUGGGUCACGUCCAUCUCCUACAUGGAAGCGUUAACUAGCCUUAUCAAGCAGUACUUAAAUGAACCAAACUCAUCUAGAAUUUUACAUGAUUACAUAAUGUGGCACAAGAUAAGGCCUCUCACACGUUAUUUGUCAAAAAAAUUCAGCUAUGAUCCAAAUGUCAAAGAUAACACUAGUUCUGAUUGGAAGUUAUGUUUGGAAGAAUUUCCCAUGUUUAUGAAUUUCCCACUCAGUUCCCUUUACCUGAAAUCCAAUUUUUAUUCGAGGGAUAAAUUGAAACUAAAAGAAAUGGUUGAUAUGAUAAAAUUGUCUUAUAAAAAAAGUUUGCAGGAUCUUAAUUGGAUGGAUAAAACUACCAAAGCUAGAUCUAUCGCAAAGGUGGAUGCGAUGAAAUUCAAAAUUGGUUAUCCUGACUACAUAAUAAAUCCCAAUGAACUGGACAAAGAUUACCUAGGACGCAAUCUAUUUUUUAAAUACUUUUUACCUCCUCAUUUAGCUGAAGCUUAUUACUCAUGGUCCGAAAACGAUAUAACAUUUUUGGCUGGACUUUUGCAAAAACCGUACUAUGAUAUCACCUAUCCAAACACUUAUCUAUUUGGAGCCAUAGGAAGCCUUAUAUCCCACGAAAUAAGCCACGGCUUUGAUAAUAACGGUAGAAACUAUGACGAAAAGGGUAAUUUGAAUAAAUGGUGGACAAAUGAAUCGAUAAAAAUUUACCAAGAAAAAAUAAAUUGCUACCAAAAACAAUAUUCUAAUUAUUCGAUUAAUAGUCAUAAGCUGAACUUCGAACAAACUCUAGGGGAAGAUAUAGCAGAUAACGGAGGGGUUUUUAUAUCAUUACAAGCUUUGAAAAGUUAUCAAGCCAUGAACAAGAGUGCCAUAUACUCUUCCAAGUCCAAUAUAACAGAUGAACAACUCUUUUUCCUUGCUUACGCUCAAGUCUUCGGUCGGACCUGUCCGGACCAUCUGAUCGGACCGUCUCGUCGAACUCAAUAUUCAGAUGAGACCGAACUGGACCGGAUUGCAAACACCAUGUAA